UAACGAACUCCACCAGCCUUUCAUACCAACGAACAAGCGGCUAGCAGCGACCGAGGCAACAUGGCGUCCAUGCUCGUGAAGAACGCGCUGCAGCUGAGUCUGCGAGCGCGACCGAGCACUUCGGGUGUGCGCGCCCUAUCCAGUAUUUCUAGCGGCAGCUUUUCCGUAUCCUCGAGCUCGAUGCCGCACCCCUCCGUGCUGAUGAUGGCUACCCCCACUAACCACAUGAGUGCGUGUCAUCUUCCUGCGCCUCCAUUGCUCUUCGCUAUGACUGACGUGUCUGUUUUACCCUCCGUGGCAGACGCGCUGGUCCACAACCCGCUGAUCUUCGAGACUGGCGUCAACCGCCUGCAGAUCGACGAUUUCCUGCCGCAGAUCGGAGAGGUAGAAUGCCCCACCGACAACCUAAACGAACCCCUGCAGGCCAUCAAGCGCACGUACCAGCCCAGCGUGCUGCGUCGCAAGCGCAAGCACGGUUUCCGCACACGCCGUGUGUCCAUCUCGGGCCGCAAAGUACUCAAGCGCCGUUUUAACAAGGGCCGAUGGCGUAUGUCGCUGUAAGUCUUGCGAGCGAUGAUGAAGGAUAACAAACGUCAGGCGAGCAAGUAUGCACGAGGUACAGCGUAGCCAAUGUAGAGAGGAGCCUGUACGGACGUGAACCUGUUCGAUUCAUAACGCAGAGGCUGCAAUAGACUCACCUAGUGGACAUUAGCUGGCAGGUGGUUGUCUAUUGUGUUGUUCAUAUCACGUUCUAGUGGAUGUUGCGUCAUCUAUUGCAGCACUU